GCGGAAGCAUAGCCUACAACUGAGUAGGGCCCAACGCGCUGCCAGCAGUGGGCCGGGAUCGGGGACGCAGGGGGUGGAAGUCUAGCGGCGAGCCGGCCCAUCUCAAGUCCAACUUCGCCUUGUCUGCGAAACAAAGAGAUGAAAAGAGAACCGAGCUUUGCUACACACAUCAGCUCACCCGGGCAACACUCGCUUCAAACAUGCUUGGCUGGCCUUUCGAGAGGCAGCUGCGUGUAGUGCAAACGGGGCGCAGAGUAGGACGGGGACCUACAGCAGCAGCACGUUGUGCCGGACUUUCCCCCAGCAAUCUGCCUCACAGCAGCGUACGACUGCAGCAGUUGAGCACAAAUCCGCUCUGCCUUUGGAGCUGAUGCAAACGGAAUUUGCUGUUAGGUGAACGAUGCUAGUGCCAUUGGCAGCUCUUUCCAAAUAGUCAUAGUCUGGACUGGACUUGAAGCACCAAGGUACCAACUUGUCAACCAAGGCACUGUGAUUGUCUACUGUCCUGAAUGUGACGAACUAAGGGCAUUGAGAUAUUACGCAAUGCAGCAGAAUUUUCCUCCUUUGCAAAGGUAAUUGCUAGGCUAAAAGAAGUCAUAUCAUCUACCUCUGUGCAGCUUUGUAUGGCAACCUUAAAAAGCUGAGUCUUAAUGAUGGAGUAGCUGAGAACAUGCAAUACAGACAACUCAUCAGACUUGAAUUUAUCUAGUGUAGAAGAAGAGCAACAGUUCCUCCUGGAUAGAAGAUUAGGCAGUGGUCUCCUCCUUUGCAGCUUUCUCAGAAUGAAAUUGUUCCGGAGGAAAGCAACCCUAGCUGUGAUCCUUCUGCUGCUGGCACUUACCAUGCUGAAUCUAGUGGACUACCGGUGGACCAAAGAGCCCCAGCAGUGCAGCACACAGGCUCGUCACACUCCCUUCCAGACCCGUUCGGCCAUUCGCUACUUAUACCGGACUUCACCAGCGGCGCACAGUAGGAGAAAGCAGCUAGUUUACGUGUUUACAACUUGGAGGUCAGGCUCGUCUUUCUUUGGGGAACUGUUCAACCAGAACCCUGGUGUAUUUUUUCUUUACGAACCUAUGUGGCACAUCUGGCAGAAGCUAUACCCAGGGGAUGCAAUUUCAUUGCAGGGAGCUGCCAGAGACAUGUUGAGCGCCCUUUACCGGUGUGACCUGUCCAUCUUGCAGCUGUAUAACAACGGGAACAAGAACAUGACUUCUAUGGGGGUAUUUGGGGCAGCUUCCAACAAGGUGAUUUGCUCUGAGCCUCUUUGUAAUGCCUACAGAAAAAAUGCUGUUGGCAUGGUUGAUGAGAAGGUCUGCAAAAAGUGUCCGCCCCGACCGUUGAGUUUCCUGGAAGAAGAGUGCCAUAAAUAUAACACAAUUGUCAUCAAAGAUGUUCGGAUCUAUGAUGUAAAUAUUCUGGCACCCCUCUUGGAGGAUCCAAACUUGGAUUUGAAAGUAAUCAACUUAGUUAGAGACCCGAGAGCUGUGGCAAGCUCCAGGAUCAAAUCCAGGCACGGGUUGAUCAGAGAGAGCUUGCAGGUUGUGAGGAGUAGGGAUCCCAAGGUUCGCAGGCAUCCAGUAGUUGACGGCAAUCACAAGUACAACAAGAAAGAUGGUUCCGAUUACCAUGCUGUAGGUGCCAUGGAAGUCAUUUGCAGUACCAUGGCCAAAAGUCUGAACACUGUUCGAAAUCCCCCCGAUUGGCUGAAAGAGAAAUUUUUGGUCGUAAGGUAUGAAGAUUUAGUAGAGGACCCUGUCAAAACUCUGAGGCAAGUGUAUAGUUUUGUGAACCUUUCUGUGACCCAAGACAUAGAAAAAUUUGUACUGAAUAUGACCAACGGCUCCAGUUAUUCCUUUAAACCGUUUGUGGUCUCCUCCAGAAACGCUACUCAGGUAGUGAGUGCUUGGCGGACUUUACUGAAUUUUCAGCAGAUCAAGCAGGUAGAGGAGUACUGUCAUCACAUGAUGAGGCUUUUGGGGUACCAGAUGAUUAAAACUCAGGACGAAGUGACAGACUUGAGCAAAUCCUUGUUAGAGCAGCCCAAAGUGUGAGUCAGCGUGACCAAAGCCCAUUGCACAGGUUAUGUAUGCAUUUUUGCAACGCACUUAUAAAUAGACUGCACCGCCACUGGCAGGCGAAGGGUAUUUAUUAUUUAAUUGUUUUAUAUAUUUGUGUAAAAUAGUUAAAAAGGACAACUGGACAGACUCGAUCAGACCAUACCACCCUGGAAUCCCAGCCAAGCUUGUCAAAUAUGCCAGUGUUACUGUCACUGCAGAUAGGGGGCGUGCAACACUAAGAAUUGGAAAUUAUAUGAAGACGUAACGGUGGGGUUCAAAUUUAGUUUAGAUUUGGGACUGCAAAUGUUGGAGGGUCAGAAAGCAGGAGUAGCGCCUAAGGAUCUGCGGCACAUUUGUCACGUACUGUACUACAGGACUUGCAGACAGGGGUAAUGGAAGCUUGCUGUUACAACCGUUAAUAACAUAUUUGUACUUUUUUAAGCUGUGCAUUUCCAUUAAACUGUGACGGUAUUACCCAUA